AUGGAUGCCAAUCGCGCCGAUAAAUUCGCUCGCAGACGUAUCCCAAAAUGGCUCGAUGCCUUCUCUCCCCCUCCCCCUGACGCUCCACGGGAACCCCGUCGACCCCAAGACAACAUUCUGAACGACCCCGCAUCCGAUCUCCUCAUCGACUUGAAUUCUCAAGAAGGCUUCUACCAAACGGCCAAGAAGAAGAAGGGCAAGGCAGCACCAGGACCUCCAGCGCCGCCCCCGCCUUCCGCGCCACCGGCCGAUAACGGCCAGCAAGAUAACAAUGGUGGAGGUGAUGGCGGUGCCAACGGCGGCGAUGCUGCAGGUGGUGCCGGCGGUGGCGAUGGUGGAAACAACGGGCUGCCUGCCAUACCGACGAACGAUUUCGGUACCGAUUCAUUCCAGGACAUCAAAUUGGGGGACGACAAACUGGACCUAGGCCUGAGGCCUCCAGAAGGAAAGGGGUUUGAUCAAUGGGGAACGAAAUGGAACACGGCAGGGACGGCAGGGACGGCAGGGACAGGGGGGGCGGGCUGGGACUGGUCUGGAGGAGGAGGAGGAAAUGAUAUCGCGGGCGAUGGCAAAGACGACGAAAACCCCUGGGGUAAAUCGAAAGGCCUGGAAGGACCCCCCGAGAGUGGUAAGCAAGAAAAGGAGGACCCUUGGGGAUUUGGCGCCAAAAAGGACAAGAAAAAGAGCCCCCUUUGGGGUGCGGAACCUGAAGAAGAACUCAAGCCCGGUGAUGGUUGGGGCUUCCACGGCGCCAAGAAAAAGGGCAAUGGCCUGGAAGAGGUCCAUAUGGCCUCUGAAGCUGCUGGCUCUGAGAAGAAGGACAUCUGGGAUACAUGGGGAAUAUCCAAAAAGGACCGGGCAAAAAAGAAGGGCAUACUCGAAGACGCUGGAUCGUCACACGCCGAACCACCACCAGAUCUCCAAGAUGAUUUAUGGGGUGGUGGUUGGUCAAGUAAGAAGCCUGGUGGAGUGCCGGCGCCAGCGCCAGAUCCCCCUUCGUUCGAGGACAAGAAUGAAGGAGAUGACUUUUGGGCAACGUUCGGCUCAGGGAAGAAACCCGUGGAGGAGAAACCGGCUGCGGAUGGUUGGUCAAGCUGGGGUUUGACAAAGAAGGCUGAGCCGGUCAAGGCGGAUGAUGGCUGGGACUUAUGGGGGACAGGUAAGAAGUUAAAGAAGAAAGCCGGUGAUCUAAUCCAGCUCGGUGACGAUAUUCCGCCCCCGGUUCCGGAUCCGGUCGAGGCCGUGGAGAGUGAAGGCGGCUUCCUCGAAUCUUGGGGUUUCGGCAGGAAAAAGAAGACCCCGACCGUCGAUCCCUUUGCUUUUAGGACACCCGCCACCGAGAGCAACGAUGAUGGUUUCUGGGGGUCACUCGUCAAGAAGCCUAACCCACAUGAUUAUCUAGAUGAACCUAACACGCCAACGCCCCCCUCUAUGAAGUUUACUAAACACGAGGACCAAGCAGGAGAACCCGAAGUACCACAGCAAAACCCCGAGGAGGUCGAGGCGGCUCUCGAGGAGGAGGAGAUUGCUGCUCUCCUGGAGAAGAAGGCGAAGAGGGGAGGGCGACUUCUCAAGGUCGAUCGAGAACGUUUGGUCGUCCUGGAAGCGAACGCUGCCAACAGAGCCGUAGCUAAAGCAGCACGCGAAGCGGAAGAACAAGCUGCGAGGGAAGCAGAAGAAGCUGCUGCAGCAGAAGCAGCGGCAGCAGCCGAGGCAGCAGCCGCAGAGGAAGCAGCAGCCGCAGCAGCAGCAGCCGAGGCCGAGGCUGUCGCUCUACGAAAAGCAGAAGCAGCAGAAGCAGCUCAAGACGAACAAGAAAUCGCAGCCCUACUUUCGAAAAAGAAGAAGCGAGGCAAGCUGCUCAGGAAGGAACAGGAACGACUUACGCUACUCGAAGGGAAUGUCGCCAGGAGAGCUGAAGUCCAAGCAGCCCGUGAGGCUGAGGAACAUGCAUCUCAGGAGGCUGAGGCUGCGGCCGCAGCAGCAGCAGAGGAAGCAGCCGCCCAAGAAGCAGCCGAGGCCGAAGCGGCUGCUCAAGCGGCUGCAGAAGCAGAGGCUGCAGCUGCGGCUGCCGCCGAGAUCGCUAAGGAAGAGGAGGAAAUGGAAAUGCUCAUGGUUAAGAAGGACAAGCGAGGAGGAAAGCUCCUUAAAAGGGAACAAGAACGCCUUAAUACCCUUUUCGAGAACGCUGCGCAGCGAGCAAACGAGCAAGCCAUCGCUAAAGCUGAGGAGCAGGCUGCGGCAGAGGCCGAAGAAGCUGCUGCCGCCGAAGCUGCCGCCGCCGAAGAGGCUGCCGCCGCAGAGGCAGCAGCAGCAGCAGAGGCAGAAGCAGAAGCAGAAGCAGCUGCUCAAGCAGCGGCAGAGGCAGAAGCCGCAGCGCAAGAAGCAGCACAGGCAGAAGCCGCCGCACAAGCAGCAGCAGAGGCCGAGGCAGAAGAGGCUGCUAAGGAAGAGGAGGAACUGGCCACUCUCAAAGCCAAGAAGGCGAAGAAGGGAAAGCUAAGCAAGAGCGACACUGUCCGGUUCACUACCUUGGUUGGCAAUUCCGUCAAACGUGCUCAAGCCAAAGCUGCCAAAGAAGCUGAGGAGGCUGCCGCGCAAGAAGCAGAAGCUCAGGCAGCCAAGGAAGCUGAAGAGACCGCAGCUCGUGAGGCCGAGGAGCAAGCCGCCCGAGAGGCUGAAGAGGCUGCUGCUAAGGAAGCUGAGGCUGCCGAGGCUGCCGCCAUCGCUGCAGAGGAACAGGAACUUGCCGAUUUGACCGCGAAGAAAGUCAAGCGCAAUGGCAAGCUGACAAAGAAAGACACCGAGCGUUUCAAUUUCCUUACACAGCGGGCUCUCGAACGCGCUGAACAAGCAGCAAAGGAGGCAGAAGAGGCUGCCGCAGAGGAAGCUGCUGCGGCCGAGGCGGCUCCCGAGGAACCCCUCGAGGAACCAGUUGAAGAAGCACCCGAGGAGGCUCCCGAGGAAGCUUUCGAGGAAGCCGCUGAGGAAGCAUCCGAAGAAGUUCCCGAGGCUGAGGAUACAGCUGCACAGGAAGCUGCAGAUGCUGAAGCUGCGGCAGCAAGAGAGGCAGAGGCAAUAGCAAUCGCAGAAGAAGAGGCAGAGCUCGCAGCCCUUGCUGCAAAGAAGGCUAAGAAGGGCAAACUCACCAAGAAGGAUACCGAAAGGUUCAAUAUUCUCACAGAGAAUGCUGCACAACGACAAGCUGCUAAGGAAGCUGAGGAGGCUGCCGCCGCCGCUGCUGCCGAGGAGCAAGCAGCAAAGGAGGCAGAAGAAGCUGCUGCCGCUGCAGCAGAAGCCGAAGCUGCCGCUGCGAAAGAGGCAGAGGCGGUUGCUAUUGCAGAGGAGGAGGCAGAGCUCGCAGCCCUUGCUGCUAAGAAGGCAAAGAAGGGCAAACUCACCAAGAAGGAUACGGAGAGGAUCAAUAUUCUCACAGAGAAUGCUGCACAACGACAAGCUGCUAAGGAAGCCGAGGAGCAAGCAGCACGGGAGGCAGAAGAGGCAGCUGCAGCGGAAGCAGCAGAGGCUGAAGCAGUGGCUGCCCGUGAAGCUGAGGCGGUUAUCAUUGCUGAAGAAGAAGCUGAACUAGCUGCAUUGGCUGCCAAGAAGGCCAAGAAAGGCAAACUGGGCAAGAAGGAUACCGAACGAUUUACUGUCUUGACUGAGAAUGUGGAAAAACGAGCCCAGGAAACUGCCGAAGCACAAGCUGCUCAGGAAGCUGAAGAUGCUGCAGCAGUUGAGCCCGAAGCCGAAGAACCACCCCCCGAAGAGGCACCCGAAGAACCUCCCGCCGAAGAGCCGCCUGCCGAGGAACUCCUAGUCGAGGAGCCCGACGAAACUGCUGCUGCUGAAGCUGAUGAAGCCGCUGCCCAGGAAGCAGCCGAGGCUGCAGCUCGUGAGGCAGAGGUGGCUGCACAGGAGGAAGCUGAGUUGGCUGCUCUGACAUCUAGGAAAGAAAAGAGGGGCAAACUUGGCAAGAAGGAUACAGACCGGUUCAACGCUCUCACUGAAAACGCAGCCAAACGGGCGGAAAAGGCAGCAGAGGAAGAAGCCGUUGCACAAGCCGCUGCAGAAGCUGAAGAGCAAGCAGCCCGCGAAGCUGAGGAACAAGCAGCCAAGGAGGCCGAAGAAGCCGCUGCCGCUGAAGCUGCCGCUGCAGAAGAAACCGCUGCUCAAGAAGCCGCUGAAGCUGAAGCUGCUGUAAUUGCUGCAGAAGAAGCAGAGCUUGCUGCCCUGACAGCUAAGAAGGAAAGGAAGGGCAAGCUUACAAAGAAGGAUACCGAGAGAUUCAAUAUUCUUACUAAAAAUGCUGCUCAACGGGCAGAGAAGGCAGCAGAAGAAGCUGCAGCGCUUGCCGAAGCUGAAGAGGCUGCCGCGGCCGAAGCUGCUGCUGCAGAAGCUGCCGCCGCAGAAGAGGCUGCCGCCGCAGAGGCUGCUGAAGCUGAAGCAGCGGAAAUUGCGCAAGAAGAAGCCGAGCUGGCUGCUCUAGUCGCAAAGAAGGAAAGGAAGGGCAGGCUAGGGAAAAAGGAUACCGAUCGAUUCAAUCUUCUUACCGAGAACGCGAAUCAAAGGGCUGAAAAGGCAGCUGAAGAUCAAGCUGCCAGGGAAGCCGAAGAAGCUGCUGUUGCUGCCGACGCCGAUGAGGCAGAAGAAGCUGCGGAGCCACCCCCAGAAGAGCCUCCAGAGCCAGAGCCAGAGGAAGAGCCAGAGGAAGAGGAGGUUGCAGAGCCGGAACUAGACGAAGCCCCUACCCCAGAAGAUGCUGAGGCGGAAGAUGCUGCCGCUGCUGAGGAGGCUGCAGCUCUCGAAGCUGCUGAAGCGGAAGCCGCGGCUGCGAUUGCGGCAGAAGAGCAAGAGCUGGCAGACCUCGAGGCAAAGAAAGCGAGGAAAGGCAAGCUGGGCAAAAAGGAUACCGAACGGCGAAAGGACACUGAACGCCUCGCUAUUCUAACCGAGAAUGCUGCAAAACGCGCGGAGGAACAAGCAGCUCGUGAAGCUGAAGUCGCUGCUGAGGACCCAGUGGCCGAGGAAGCUGCUCAAGAGGAAGAGGAAGACCCGGCUGAGGAGGCUGAGGAGGUCGAGGAAGCUGAAGAACCAGCUCCGGAGACGGAAGAGCCAGUAGAGGAUACCCCAGACGAGCCGACAGAAGAAUCCCCUGAAGAACCAGUUCCAGAUGCCGACGAAACCGAAGAGGCGGCAAAACAAGCCGAGGAGCAAGCUGCUAAGGAAGCCGCCGAAGCCGAGGCCGCUGCUAUUGCUGCCGAAGAGGAAGCAGAGCUUAUGGCGCUCGAGGCAAAGAAGGUUCGAAAGGGGAAAUUAGGGAGAAAGGAUACUGAACGAUUGGCCCUCCUCACCGACAACAUCGCCAAGCGUGCUGAAGAGCAAGCAGCCCGAGAAGCCGAAGAGCAAGCAGCGAAGGAGGCCGAAGAAGCUGCUGCCGCUGAAGCUGCCGCUGCCGAAGCUGCCGCUGCCGAAGCUGCCGCUGCCGAAGCUGUCGCCGCCGAAGAAGCUGCCGCAAGAGAAGCCGCUGAGGCUGAAGCUGCUGCCAUUGCUGCUGCUGAAGAAGACGAACUUGCGAAACUGGAAGCAAAGAAACUUCGAAAGGGAAGACUAGGGAAGAAAGAUACUGAAAGGCAUGCUCUUCUCACUGAAAAUAUCGCCAAGCGUGCCGAAGAGCAAGCUGCCAGGGAAGCAGAGGAAGCAGCUGCCGCCGAAGCUGCUGCAGAGGAAGCCCCUGUCGAAGACGAGCCUAUUGAAGAAGAGCCUGUUGAGGAAGAGGCCGGUGAAGAAGAGGCUGCUGAGGAAGAAGCUGCAGAAGAAGUUGCCGAUGAGCUUGCUGAUGAAGCUGCUCCCGAGGAGGAUGCUACUGCUGAAGAGGCUGCCGCCGCUGAAGCUGCUGCCGCCGCCGAAGAAGCUGCUGCAAGAGAAGCUGCCGAAGCCGAAGCUGCCGCUAUUGCUGCUGCCGAAGAAGACGAACUUGCGAAACUAGAGGCAAAGAAAGUUCGGAAAGGCAAAUUAGGGAGGAAGGAUACUGAGAGGUAUAGUGUCCUUACCGAGAAUAUCACGAAACGUGCCGAAGAGCAAGCUGCAAGGGAGGCUGAAGAGGCAGCAGCUAGAGAAGCUGAAGAGCAAGCAGCCAGAGAAGCCGAAGAGGCUGCGGCUGCGGCUGCCGAAGCUGCUGCAAUUGCUGCCGCGGAAGACGAAGAACUCGCAAAUCUGUCAGCAAAAUGGGAAAGGCGAGGCAAGCUUGGCAGAAAAGACACAGAACGCUUUAAGCACUUGACCGAAAAUGCAACAAAGCGUGCCGAAGAACAGGCUGCUAGGGAGGCUGAGGAAGCUGCCGCUGCCGGUGACGCUGAGGAGCCAGCCCCUGAUGAUGCCGAAGAAGCCCCCGAAGCUGAGCCCGAGCCCGAAGAGACACCAGACGAGGAGGCUGAAGCUGAGCCUGCAGAUGCUCCAGCUGAAGAAGCAGAGGACCCGGCCGCAGAAGAGGCUGCAGCCGCAGCAGCUGCAGAGGAGGCAGCCGCAAGAGAAGCUGCUGAAGCCGAAGCAAAUGCCCUCAUCGCGGAAGAGGAAGCAGAGCUUGCUGCAUUAGCAAAGAAGAAGGCCAAGAAGGGCAAGUUAGGCCGCAAGGAUACCGAACGCUUUAACCUCUUAACCGACAAUGCAGAAAAGCGAGCUGAAGCUCAAGCAGCGAAGGAGGCAGAAGAAGCUGCUGCUGCUGAAGCUGAAGCUGCCGCAGCGGAAGAAGCGACCCCAGCAGAAGAGGAAGAAGACGAUGAGUUUGUGGAUGCUGACGAUUUUGUGGAUGCUGAAGAAGGUGACCUCGAGGAGGACGAUGCCGGGGAAGAUGCCGAGGUGGAGGAAGUAGCUGAGGAAGAGGUAGCCGACCCCGAGGUGGAACCAGAAGCCGACGAUGACGCCGCUGAGCCCGAGCCCGAGCCCGAGCUCGAAGAAGAAGAGGAUGCCGAUGCUGCUGCUGCUGCUGCUGCUGCUGCUGCCGAGGCUGAAGCAAAGGCUGCCGCGAUCGCUGAAGAAGAAGCUGAGCUCGCAGCUUUGACUAAGAAGAAGGCGAAAAAGGGCAAGCUAGGUCGCAAGGAUACUGAAAGGUUCAACAUCUUGACCGAUAACGCAACUGCGCGCGCCGAAGAACAAGCUGCAAAGGAGGCCGAGGAAGCUGCAGCCGCCGCCGCGGAAGCUGAAGAAGCUGAAGAGGCCGAUGCGAAUGAGGCUGAGGAAGCGGAAGCCGCUGCUGCUGAAGCAGCCGAGGCAGAAGCAGCAGCAGCCGCCGAGGCUAAAGCCAAAGCUAUUGCGAUCGCUGAAGAAGAAGCCGAGCUAGCAGCUUUGACCAAGAAGAAGGCGAAAAAGGGCAAGCUGGGCCGUAAGGAUACUGAAAGAUUUACUAUCCUGACCGAAAACGCCGCUGUCCGCGCUGAAGAACAGGCUGCAAAGGAGGCGGAGGAAGCUGCUGCUGCUGCUGCUGAGGCUGAAGCUGAGGAAGACGCUGAGGAAGACGCUGAAGAAGUGGCUGAAGACGCUGCCGAGGAAGCCCCCGAGGAAAUUGAAGAGGAAGUCGAAGAGGAAGAAGCUGAGGAGGACGCCGAGGCAGCUGAAGCAGAUACAAAGGAAGCUGAGGAACAAGCUGCGAAGGAGGCCGAGGAACAAGCUGCCAGGGAGGCUGCAGAAGCAGAAGCCGCCGCUAUCGCUGAAGAGGAAGAAGCCGAGCUCGCAAAGCUGAUGAGGAAAAAGGAAAAGAAGGGCAGACUAGGCCGUAAGGAUACUGAACGGUUUGACCUCCUGACUGAAAACAUGGCCAAGCGCGUGGAGGAACAGGCUGCGAAGGAGGCCGAAGCUGCGGCUGCUGCUGCCGCCGCUGAAGCUGAAGAGGCUGCCGAGGAACCAGAGGAGGUGGCUGAAGAAGCUGAAGAAGAAGGCGAGGAUGUCGAAGAGGCUGACGAGGAGGUUGAGGAGGAGGAGGAGGAGGAGGAGGAGGCUGAGGAAGCAGCCGAGGAGGCCGGGGAAGAUGAAGCUGAAGCUGAAGCUGAAGCGGCUGCUGCUGCUGAGGCUGAAGAAGCAGCUGCAAGAGCUGAGGCAGAAGCUGCAGCGAUUGCUGAAGAAGAAGCCGAACUCGCAAAAUUAGCAAGGAAAAAGGAGAAAAAGGGCAGGCUCGGCCGCAAGGAUACUGAACGGUUUAACUUUCUUGCCGACAAUGCUGCUAAGCGUGCAGAGGAAGCUGCUGCUGCUGCUGCUGCCGCCGCCGAAGCUGAAGCCGAAGCCGACGAAGGUGAAGAAGUCGAGGAGGAGGAGGAAGCGGCCGAAGAGGUGGCUGAGGAGGAAGAAGAGGCAGCUGGGGAAGCUGGAGAAGUUGUAGAAGAGGCAGCUGAGGCCGAAGUCGACGCAGAAGCAGAAGCAGCUGCCGCCGCCGAAGCUGCGGAAGCCGCUGCCAAAGCGGAAGCGGAAGCUGCCGUGAUUGCUGAAGAAGAGGCUGAACUUGCAAAGCUCGCGAAGAGGAAGGCAAAGAAAGGUAGACUUGACCGCAAGGAUACCAAAAGAUUUGACCUCCUCGCUGCGAAUGCAACUAGACGUGCGGAGGAAGCUGCUACGGCUGCCGAAGCAGAAGCAGCUGCUGCUGCUGAAGCUGAAGAGGCUGCAGCCGCCGAAGCCGCAGAAGCAGAAGCAGCCGCCGCCGCCGAAGCUGCUGCAGCUGAAGAAGCCGCAGCAAGGGAGGCCGCUGAGGCUGAAGCCGCUGCAGUUGCUGAAGCAGAAGCAGAAGAGCUCGAGGCCCUGAACGCAAAGAAGGCCAGAAGGGGUAGGCUAGGCAGGAAGGAUACUGAGAGGUUCAGGGUCUUGGAGGAGAGAGCGGCUGAACGAGCCGAAGAGCUGGCUGCAAAGGAGGCAGCGGCAGCGGCAGCAGCAGCAGCAGCAGAAGUUGCAGCCCAGGCUGCUGACGCUGAGUCUGAGGAAGAAGAGGAAGAAGAGGAAGAAGAGGAGGAAGACGAGGAAGCGGAAGCGGAAGCAGAGGCGGAAGCUGGAGCGGAAGCUGGAGUAGAGGCUGAAGCUGGAGAAGCUACCGAGGACCAAUCGGAAGCAGAAUCGAAGGCAGAUGCUGGCGAAGCCGCUGAGGAUGAAUCAGAAGAUGAAUCAGAAGCUGAGGCGGAAGAGGAAGCAGAGGCGGUUGUAGAAGCAGCUGCAGAAGCAGCUGCAGAAGCAGCACCAGCAGAGGAGGAAGAUCCAGAGGCGAAAGAGGUAGCGGAAGCAGAGGCGGACUCGGACGAAGAUGAAGACGAGGAUGAAGAUGAGGACUCGGACAAAGACUCAGACGCCGAAGAGAAGGACGUCGACGAGGAGGCCGCUGAGGCUGCCGAGGGAGGGGCUGGUGAAGAAUCCGCGGAAGAAGAAGCUGUCGUGGAAGCUGUCGUGGAAGCUGUGGAAGAAGCCCCUGAAGAAGCGCCCGUCGAAGAGGUCGCUGAGGAGGCUGCUAGAGAAGUCGAUGAAGCAGCCGAGGAAGAGCCAAAGGAACCUGAACCCGAACCUGAGGCCGCGGCUCCCGAAGUCAUUGAAGUGGUCGACAUGACGCCGAAGAAGCCUAGGAGAAGUCGGAAGAAGACGCGAGGCGAGGGACCGCCGCCACCACCUGUCCCCGAUCCGCCGAUUACACCUCCCCCCGAGAUCAAGCAUUCCCGAAGAGAACGACCCAAGCUCCACCGUGAAGGCACUUCGUGGGGGAAGCGGACCUCAAUGCCAAGAGUAGAAAAGGAGAGAUCGUCCAAGUCCAGGUCGAGCAAGCCUAGACGUGAAGAGAAGUCGUCCUCGAAGGGGUCAUCCUCCGACAAAGUUGAGAAGACUCCAUCACGGUCCCGAACGACAGGUCUCUUUAGUACGCCGCCAAUUACUCGCUCAUCGACCAUGUACGAGAAGAGACCCAGCGUUUUGGGCAGUCGCCGUCACUCUACAGGGGCCCGUGGCCUUGCAUCGCCACCUCCCGACGAGGCAAGCAGGGUCGCGGACGAACCCACCAGACGUCGCAGGUCGCACAAGUCACGAUCGCGAGAGGAUGAUGAUGUCGUUAUGGUCGACGCCGAGGCAGACAGGCGUGAGCGUCGCCGACGAUCCAAGCGCGCCCGCGAAGAUGACGUGGUCAUGGUCGAGUCGGGUGGUCCUUCGGACACACCUCUCCAGCGAAGUGCUUCCGGCGCGAAGAAGCCCUCAGGCUUUUCCAGCCUGUUCGGUGGCCUAAUGACACCAAAAACCGAGCGUCCUGAUCCCCUACGUCGCCGCAGUACCUACGUAACAACGGACGAUGAGGCCUUGCGCAGUGCCAAGAUGGAUGGAGAUGCUGUGGUGAUCGACGCUGAUCGCGAAGCUAGGCGGGCGGCUCGAAGGGCCAGACGGGCUGAGCGCGAAGCUACAGGUGACCCUGAGCGUGGGGACGAGGAGGCACGUCGUGCUCGGGAUGAAGCACGACACACGAGGAGAGGGAGGCACGCCGGGCUGAGAGGCGAGCUGCUCGUCAACAGCGUGAGGAGGAGGAAAGACGAGGCGAAGAAGAGCGGCGAAUGGAGGAGGAUCGGGAAGCUCGAAGGGCGGAACGUCGACGUCUUCGCAAAGAACAAGAGGCUGCAGCUGCAGCCGCUGCUGCGGAGCAGGAAGAAGAAGAGAUGCGACGAGCCGCAAGACGAGAGCGGCGACGUGAGCGCCAAGUUUACGCAUCGGAAGACGACUCUGAACGACGCCGGCGACGAGAAGCAAGAAGAGCGGCGCGUGGUGUUGAGGUACCCGAGGUACCCGAGGCACCCGAGGUACCUGAGGAAGAAGACGUAUAUCGUCGAAGAAGUCACAGGCACGCCGAGCAGUCAGCCGAUGAGUAUGGACAACGGAGAUCUCGACGUCGUGAGGAAAGACGGGGUUCUGCCUGGCCACAUUCAGGAACGUCAUCUUGGGUCAAGGAUCACACGGAUGCGCCUCCUCCACCCGAAACACCUGUUGAAGAGGCAGCACCCGAGCCUGAGCCUGAGCCUGAGCCUGAGCCUGAGUUUGUGGACGAUGAACAAGCACGACGCGAAGCGCGCCGAGCCCGUCACCGAGCCAAGUACGGAGGCGGGACGCCAGAUGACACAGAUGACCAACGUCGACGGCGGGCAAGGCGAGAAGAUCGCGGCGACAGAGAUAGAGAUCGCGAUAGAGACCGAGACCGGUACCGCGACAGGCGGCUACAGGGCUCAGAGGGGAGCGAUGAGCGUCACCACAGCCGACGCAACUCGGGAUUCGUGGAGGCAGCAGCAACACCGCGAACACCUUGGUGGAAGAAGAUUGCAGGAUGAGGGAUGAACGAUGCAUGAGUGUCCUUUCGAGCGAGCGUGUUUCCGAGUGUCCUUUUUGAUUACGACAAGCACGAUUGACUACUACCUAUGACCAUCUACCUAUUACCUACCCCCUUACCUACCUAUCUACGACGUACAUCACGACACGACGGCCAACUCAACAUGGAUGACAGCUUAGCCUAGCAUCAGGAUCAUAUCACAGUGGGAAAGCGGUGGAGAUUCCCUUUUUGCAUUUCCUGGGUUUCUUGGGUUUGUUUUGGAACGGAGCAUUGCAGGAUAUGUGUGUUUGAUUUGGUUAAUUUGGAUUUACGCAUGUGGAUGGACAUACCUUUGUACUUGGUCCAUGGAUGCUUGAGUAGGCACUUGUUCCCCUGACGGCCCAGAGGACAAGAUGACUGCCGGGCAACAUGUAUACCUAUACCCGUUUGUGAAGUAGUGUGAGAUUUAGAGUGUAUCGAUGCAUUGUACAGCCGCGGGAUGGCUGAG